AUGGAAGAGUGUAAGUCAUCUGCAACUCCAGUGAACCAAAAAGAAAAGUUUUGCAGAGAAGAUGCAGCUAAAAAGGUUGACGAAAUGCUGUUUAGAUCCUUAAUAGGAUGCUUAAUGUAUUUAACUGUCACCCGACCAGAUAUUAUGCAUUCAAUAGUUUGGGCAAGAUGUGUUGAUGAUAUGAGAAGCACUUCUGGUUACUGCUUCUCUCUUGGUUCUGGAUUUUUUUCAUGGUUUUCCAAAAAGAAGGAAAUUAUAGUCCAAUCAACAGCAGAAGCAGAGUAUGUUGCUGCUGCUACUGAUGUAAAUCAAACUAUCUGGAUAAGGAAAAUCAUGGCUGAUUUACACAUAGAACAAGAAGAAAGAUUUUUGUGGAUAAUCAAGCUGCAAUUUCAAUUUCCAAUAACAUGGCAAAACAAAGCAUUUUAA